AUGUCGGUGGCUUUCUUGGCCGACAAGAACCGAUCGGAUUUGUCAGUCAAAGAUCUUCAAAAUGCAGCUUCAAAGCUCGGUAUCAAGAUUCCAGAUGGCCCAGAUGCCGAAGACUACUUGCACCUGCUCCAGUCGGUGGAGACGGUCAUGAAACAUAUUCAAGACAGCGAGGAUUACAUUCACCCAUCUCUAUCGCCUGUAGAGACUGCCAGGCCUCGCACGUAUUGGGAGCCCAAAAGGGAAGAUAAUUUGUCGAAUGCCUGGAGACACCGAUGCGAGCUCACGGCGGCAAGUCCGACGAGCACUGCACUCCGCGGCAAAACCAUCGCGAUCAAGGACAACAUCUGUAUUGGCGGAUUGCCAACCACCGUUGGCACUUUUACCGAGUUACUUUGCCCGGACGGUCAUCUGCCAGUCUCACCUAUUGACGCCACCGUGGUAUCCAGGGUCCUUGCAGCGGGCGCGACGCUCAAAGGGUCAUCGAAUUGCGAGAACUAUUGCGCCUCGCCGCUGUCCUUCAGUGCUGCCACUGGCCCUGUUCAUAACGCUUGGAGGAAAGGUUUCACGUCUGGCGGUAGCAGUAGUGGCUCUGCAACCCUUGUUGCCACGAAAAUGAUACAACGCGAGACGGGCGAAGCCUGCAAAGAAGCCGUGGAUAUCGCAAUUGGCGGCGAUCAAGCAGGGUCUGUGAGGAUACCGGCCUCGUAUAGCGGGAUUUACGGAUUGAAGCCCACCUACGGACUCAUUCCCUACACCGGAGCGGUGCCGCUGUCUCCGAUGCUCGAUCAUUUGGGUCCCCUCGCCGCCAAUCUGGACGACAUUGCGCUUUUGCUUCAAGUGAUGGCAGGUUACGAUGGGAUCGAUCCGCGAAUGACUCCCGAGUCUCCCCUUCGACACCAGGUGCAGGAGUACGCGCAACUGCUAUCGAACUUUAAAAAUCGCCGGCUCGAUGAUGGAGAAAAGCGUGGUUCUGGGCUGACAGUUGGUUUGCUCACGGAAUCGUUCGAGGUUCCUGGAGUCUCAGACGAAGUCCGCAACGCCGUUCUGCAAUCAGCAAAGAGCAAUUUUGCGGCCGCUGGGGCCAAAGUGAUGGACAUAUCAAUUCCGAUGCACCGCGACGGCAGCCUUAUCUGGACUGCUGCCACUAGGUUAUCCAUGUCUGAAUGGGUUUGCCAGGGCAAGACGUCGGGCUUCCUGUCGUUUUUGCCGCCUCAUCUCCAAACACGAUGGCCUCCGGACCAAAGGAUGUAUGAUCUGCUGACGGCAACAAACCCAGCAAUCGUGAAUGUGAUGCUUAGUGGCCCUUUUCUCCAAGAACAUUUCGGCCCCGCGGUCGAAGCAAAGGCACACCGUAAGGUAUUUGAGCUUCGAGCAGCUUAUGACCAGGCGUUUUCCCACGUCGACAUCCUCGUCACGCCAUGUGCGCCGACAGUUGCCAUGCCCCAUCCCCGAAUGCAAUCCGAUGCCGAAGGACCUGCCACGGUCAUGGAGAAGUUAUCAGUGGCUAUUGGGGUCACGACCAACACGGCGCCAUUUAACGUCACAGGCCAUCCAGCCCUCAAUGUUCCAUGCGGGUUCGGUCGCGUACCAAAUUCGCCCGAGGUGACACUACCGAUUGGCAUGCAGCUCAUCGGAAGACGGUGGGAGGAUUUAACAGUUCUCCAGGCAGCGGCGGUCUUUGAAGAGGGGUGGAAUCUGGCCGAAUGA